UGCAAUUAACUAGUAAGAAAAAUUUUCUCUCUUCAACUCUCUCUCUCUCUUUGAUAUUCUGUCUCAAAUUGGGGGCAUAGCGGUUCUUUUACCGAUUGUCCAAUCUCUCUCUCUCUCUCUCUCUCUCUGUGGCCGAUAUUGGUCGUUGAUUCAGUCCAACUCCACACCACAUUCCAAUCCCGAUUUCAAAGCUUAAUAGCUAAUACCAGACGGCGCCGAAUUCUUUUCACAAAGAUAAAUACCUCUUUUGCUUCUUCUUUUUUUCCUUGGAACUUGGAACCCAAUUCUUUUCAAGGUUGCUUCAGUUCAGGGAGGAAUUAAGAAGCAUUGUCUAAUUGAACAUCCAUAUGAAGCACAUUGUGAAGCUUCUGAUAUUGCUGGUGGCAGUAUCUGCCUUUUGGAUCGUUCUUCUUGAGACCGUGGUCCCAUGUUCUUAUGCUUGGUUGUUGCCGGUAUAUUUCAUUGUGUCACUUGGGUGCUAUGGUCUUUUGAUGGUUGGGGUUGGUCUGAUGCAAUUUCCAACAUGUCCUCAGGAAGCAGUGUUGCUACAAAAGGACAUUGUAGAGGCCAAAGAAUUCUUGAAGCAAAGAGGAAUUGAUGUGGACUAUGAUUGAAGGCUCUCUCUUAUGGCGCUUUUGAAGAACCAAGGUGAUUUUAAGACAGUUUCAAUUCUAUAUGAUCACAGCUUGAGGUACAAAUUGGAUGAUAAGUUGUGGGGGAGUGUUGAAUUCAAUGAGGUAGAGUUUGCUUACAGCUCUCUAAAAUUGGUUCGGUAUUUGAAACUAUAGAUGCAGAAUAUGUUGGAUGAGCAUAUGUAAAAGUAUUAUAACUUGCAUAUGAUGUUCAUUAAAGAGAAAUUUAUGACGAAUUUGUUUUA